AACAACAUAUCUUGCCUCAAAAUUUAAGUCUCAUACAAGCAUAUAGUAAAAUGGAUUCUCAUAUCCAAUUUUAUCUUGUGAUAUUUAUGGUGACUGUAGCAACAGUUUUGAGUCCUGCCGUUGCAAAGCUGACUCCUAAUUAUUAUGACAGAAUUUGCCCUAAGGCACUGCCAAUCAUAAAGUCAGUUGUUAAGCAAGCAAUUUACCGCGAGCCACGAAUUGGAGCAUCAUUGCUGCGUUUGCAUUUCCACGAUUGCUUCGUCAACGGGUGUGAUGCAUCAGUUCUACUAGAUGACACUCCUACCUUCCGUGGUGAGAAGACUGCAUUUCCAAAUAUCAAUUCAAUUCGAGGAUUUGAAGUUGUUGAUCAAAUUAAAGCUGCAGUUACCAAAGCUUGCAGGCGCGAUGUCGUUUCAUGCGCAGAUAUUUUAGCUAUAGCUGCUCGGGAUUCUGUAGCCAUAUUGGGUGGUAACCAAUAUUGGUACCAAGUGUUAUUAGGAAGAAGAGAUGCAAGAAAUGCAAGCUGGGAUGCAGCAAAUGCAAAUCUUCCACCACCAUUUUUCAAUUUCUCACAACUCAUCACAAAUUUCAAUUCUCAUGGACUAAACCUUAAAGACUUAGUUGUUCUAUCUGGUGGCCACACUAUUGGAUUUGCCAAAUGCGCUACUUUUAGAGACAGGAUCUUCAAUGACACCAACAUAGACACCACUUUUGCAGCCAAUUUACAGAAAACAUGUCCUCGAAUAGGCGGCGACAACAACUUAGCGCCAUUUGAUUCUACUCCAAAAAAAGUGGACACAGCAUACUAUACGAGUUUGUUGUACAAAAGGGGUCUCCUUCAUUCUGAUCAAGAGCUUUUCAAAGGUGAUGGUUCUCAAAGUGAUAACUUGGUGCUGAAAUAUAGCAAAGAUUCUUAUGCUUUUGCUAAAGAUUUUGGAGUUUCUAUGAUCAAGAUGGGUAACUUGAAGCCUCUUACUGGGAAAAAGGGUGAGAUAAGGUGCAAUUGCAGAAAAGUCAACUCCUACUGAAUAUUACAAUCAUGGAUGGAUAAGAAGGAUAAAGAUUGAUUUAAUUUUUAAUAUAUAAGUGUGCCAAAUUUUUUAUAUUUUCUAUAAAUUAUCUACAUAUGUUUGAUUGUUGAUUGAGAAUAAGAAUUCUGGGUUCAAACUGAACCAUGAAAUACCUGGAGUGUUAAGCGUGAGAAUUUUUAUUAAAAGAGUAUUAACUUUGAUUUGUGUGACUGUUUGGCUUGUGAUUAACGGUAUAUGUUUAUAUACUUGUAUACUUCUGUAUCAUUCAGAAUCAAAAUUUAUAUAAUCAGUAUUACAUAUGUUUAGCAUU